AUGAAAUCUUCUACAGAUACCAUAGAAAAUAUAGAUAAUGAAGAUAAUGAGAAUGAAGAAUUUCAAGAAGAUCUUAAUAAUAUAAUUAAAUUUCCACCCGAGCUAGAGGCUUCAAUUUCUCAAAUACUUCAAACCAAUGAUCCUUUAGAUAGUAAUGAUUUUAAUCCAAUAGAGUAUCUUAAUCAAAUGCUUCCAAAUGAGCAAGCAUUGGCUACUGUUGACGUAACAGCUAAAAAGCUUCAAGCAAAAAUGCGACAAUUGAGUGGGGAGAUCAAAGAACUUUCUAGGAUGCAAACUGAUGGAGGACAACGAGGACCAGAAGAAGUCGCUGAGGCUAAGAGAGCAAUAGAGGAACUUUUUGAUAGAAUAAGACAAAUUAAGGAGAAAGCUUCGCAAUCUGAAACAAUGGUGCAAGAGAUUACCAAGGAUAUUAAAUCAUUAGAUUAUGCUAAGAAGCAUUUGACAAUUUCGAUUACUGCUUUAAAAAGACUACAAAUGCUUGUUACUGCCGUAAAUCAAUUGAAAAUAAUGGCACAGAUGAAACAAUACAAAGAAACAUCUCAACUUUUACAAGCAGUUCUACAACUUAGUUUAUAUUUUAAAAGUUAUAAGAGUAUUAAACGAAUAGCGGAAUUAUCAUCUUCAGUGACUACAUUCCAAAAUGAUUUAAAGAAGCAGAUUUUUGAUGAUUUUGAGUCUAGUUUUACAACGGAUGGAGGUUUCAGCAGUCAAACGGCACUUUUGGCUGAUGCCUGUCUAGUAAUUGACAUUAUGGGUUUAGAUGUCAGAUCACAGCUAAUGAAAUGGUAUUGUGAGAAGCAAUUAAACGAUUACAAGAAAAUAUUUCGAGCAAGUGAUGAGAUUGCUUCUUUGGAAAAUACAUCUAGAAGAUAUGCAUGGCUUAAAAGAGUUCUUAAAAAUUACGAUGAAAAACAUGCAGCAGUAUUUCCUGCUAAUUGGCGAUUAAGUGAAUUCCUAAGUAUUCAAUUUUGUGAAAUCCUUAAUAAAAUUUUUAUUAGGGAAGAUUUAGUAAAAACACUUUCAAAGACAAAUGAAUUGGAUGUAAAGACUUUACUCAAAAAUUUACAACUGACCCUUGAGUUCGAGAAUCAACUGACAAAACGAUUUUCAAACACGAAUAAAUAUCAACCAUCCAAUGUGGAUCACGAACCAUAUAAUUUUAGUAAAACCCUAUCCACAGCAUUUGAACCUUACUUAGGUCUCUAUAUUGAAGCAGAGGAUAGUACAUUGUCAGGAAUGAUUAACUCCUAUCAUAUGGAAACAAUUCCAGAUGAAGAUGUUUCAACAUCGGUGUUACAAUCAAGCAUAGAUUUAUUCUACUUUUAUCGUGAAACACUCGCAAAUUGCGCAAAAUUAUCAACACGGCAACCUUUUUAUGAUUUAUGUAAUAUGUUUGCCAAAUGGCUUCGUCUAUAUGCGAGUGAAGUUUUAAUAGGAAGGCUUCCGAAGGAAGAACGCCGUGCAAUAACACGUGAUGAAUUAAAAUUGAUAUGUUUUAUAAUUAAUACUGCAGAUUAUUGUUAUGUUACAACUUCACAGCUUGAAGAUAAAUUGAAAGAUACGAUUGACGAAGAAUAUAAAGAAAAAAUAAAUUUCGAUGAAGAGCGGAAUCAUUUUCUAAA